AUGAAUUGGGCUUGUUCACUGGUUACUGAAUGAGACCUCUCUGCAGAAAGAGGAAAAAUGGUGCGCAUGUUGACAGCAACUGUCUGUGUACCAUUGUGAUAAAAAGUGGUUGUGAUAAAUCUCCUUCUUUGUGUUUUCUCAUAUUCGACCAAAAUAUCCAUGCAAUUUUUCUAUCCUCAUAAGUAAUUUGGUCACUGGCCCACAGUCAUAUUACAUAAUGACUGUGGAAGAUAUUGUAAAGUGAGAGAAUUAAUGAAUAAAUCUGCAUCACUACCACUUGACCUACUUCCCUGGGUGCAAUCUCUGCUACCUGUCCCACCACAAAAAUAUUCAGAGCGUUUCUCAGUUUAUUUUUUGUUCAAAAUUAGUUAUGUGACAUUAAUAAAUGUUUCCGUUAUUAAGCUGAUAUAUAUGUGAUCUGUCUGGUAUACAUGUACUUUAAUUUUUUAUGUCCUGUAACGAUUCUAAUGAUGUGAUAUUGCAGGAACUGUUAUAUCAAGUUUUUUUGCGGGAGAAAUUGGGGACCAUUUAUAAAAAAUUAUGCACAGAAGGAAUGACCAGAGAAUGAAAAAAAUAUGAAAAAUGGGGGAAUGCAAAAUUGAAGAGGAGGAAAAUGAAUUGGAAAGCGGAGUAUUUGAGGAAAUAAAACUGACUACUGAUGUAGAUAAGGUGGAACCAAGUAAAAAUGAGGUGCAGGAUAUUCAAACGGAUGAGAAAACUGUGCUAGUUUUAGACAACACAGAUAAAGAAGAAGAAAAUGAAUCAGAAGAAGUGCAAGAAGCUGAGGAAGACGUUGAAAGUGAAUCUAGCGAUUCAUUUAUUUGCGAUUCAGAAGAUGGUCUGUCAGAAGAUGAAACGAAUGAUGGAUUAACUUCCGAGGUAAGCUCUUGUUUGCAUUUUUAUCUUUCUGUUAUGAUGAUAAGUAUUUUCCUGUUGUUAAUAAGACAGUAUAAUUAACCUUGCGCAGUAUCCUAUGCUCUUCUUGACCACGAAACCGCUGUAAUCAUUGUUCUCAUUAAAUGCAAACCUCAUCUACAUUUUAUCUCUCAUUUUCAUGGCUACCACCGUGAUCAGUUGGGUCAAUAUCUAUUGGUUCGAAGCAUGGUACUUGGAGUUAGCCGAUUUGGGCCAAGAUUGGCGCUAGCUGAUCCUAUCUUAGGGGAAAUUUGAUCCAUCUUGCUAUUCGAAAAAAGGAGAAAAGGGCAUAACGCACUGGAGACUGUAAUGUCUUACUUCAAUCGGACCUGCUGCAUAUCUAGGAAAAGCAAGGGCGGCUACUCACACCUGCCAGCUAAAGGUGUAACGGAAAAACUUCUUCACAUUUAUGUUCAUUUGUUACCACUGCCAUCACAAGCUGUGGCCACCUUGGAGUACCCCACUGUGAAAGAGUCAGGCUUAGGCUUUGGGGUUUAUGCUAAACUUUGGUUUUAUUGCCCCAUGAGUACUUCGAACUAUUUGCACGUCUCCAUCUAGUUGUCUAUCACUAUGAUUCCUCCAAACUAAGAGGUCUUAGUUACUAUCAUCAACUAGUUCUUUAAUGAUUUCUAAGGAGCCAAAGGUUCUUUGCUUUUAUAUCGUCUCCAUUAAUAUUAAUAUCUAAUACAUCUUCUAAAAAAUUUAACACGAAGCUGUCAACCAACGUAGCCUUUGUUUCAUUAUUCUGUGAACGAUUUACAGUAAAUCCAAUGAACGGAAAAUAUUUUUAAACUUUAGAUCAGAUCUUUAAGAAUUCUAUUAAUUAAAAUAUUUUUUAUUUUCAGACUGUCAUUUUUAAAAGAUGUGCUUCAUGAGCAUUUAAUGUCCGUCUAUUUGGCUCAUUAAAUUUAUUGAAUUAACGAGAAUGUAAGGGGCCAGAAUGUCCCAGCAGAGGUGUAGAGCUGUUUUGAAAGGGGUAUAGAAAUUGUCCUGCUACUGGGGCAGGCUACUACAAGAGGGGAGUCAUUGGAUGGGGUUUGACUGUGGAGGAUGGAGGAGAGAGGAGGCCAUUGAAUGUGGGUACAGAAAUGUGGAAUGAGAUGACCUCCUAUAGGUUAGAGGGCAUCCAGAUUGGGGUGGUGGUUCGUCUUGGGGGGUUGUGAAAAAAAGAAAGAGGGACGGGGGUUGGGCUGUUACAGAAGCGAGGGGAUCAGGUAGGAACUGCCAUUCUGUCAGAAGUGAGUGUGCAGAGAGAAGGCUGUUCGACAUAAGGAGGGCUGUCAAUUAGAGAAAUAAGGAGGCCACUCGGGGCAAGGGGUUGAUGAGAUCCAGAUAUAGAUGAUAGUGGAGGAAUGCAGACGGAGUAACUUAGAUGUUACAGAGUGGAAGUGCUUGAGAAAAUGAAGGGAUUUUUCUUAAUGAAAAAUUGGAGCCACCUAUGAGAGGGGGCUGCCACAGAGGGGAGGAUGCACUAAGAGAAUUGGCAGCAUCUAGAUGAGGGGUGACAGCUAGUUCCGGGGGAGGAUGGAUCUGAAUGGAAUAAGAGAUGCAGGGGGGUAACUGGUAUACACAAGGAGCCAUCCUAGAGUAUUCCAUCGUAGGAGUAGUUUCGGCAGCUUGAAGAGAUCGAAUUUACAACUUGGUUUCUUGAGGAUUUCUUUAAAGUUCUUGGCAUUUCCGACAGGGUUUUCGGAAGAAGUCAUGGAAAAUAACUAUGUCAAAGGGUUGAAAGAUGAGAACUGAUGUUUAUUUUUUUCCAUGUAUGCUGCUGGAAAGUGCUAAUCGUUUUCUUGUUACUAUAGUUGUUUGUAUUAUUUUUGUUUGGUUCCUUGAGUUAUUCACUAUCUCUUUCUUAGAAUCUUUGCUGUUGAUCUAUUGAGAGAAAAUUUCAUUUUUAAUUAUCGUGCCCGACAGGUUCCUUUAACUGAUGCAGAAGUGGAAGAACUUAUUACGGAGUUUUUAGAUGUUGAGAGUAAGGUAUAAUCUUUCUUUCACUUAUAGUGACUUUAAAUUUAGUAAAAAAUAUUUCUGUCUUUGUCUUUUUCUCAUAUAAGUUUUAGGCAGCAGAGGCCCAAGAGUCACUGGAAAAGGAGUCUCUUGCACAAGUGGAGAGUGAAGUAAAAGCAGAGCUGUCUGAAAAAUUUCAGGGUGAAGAGGUAGGAGUUAGUUUUUCACUCACUUAAGAACAUCGCAUCCCUCGUGAUAAUUCUUCUUUUUGAUGUAUUUGUUAUUUUUCCAAACGCAGUUAGAAACCGCUGUACUGGCAGAAAUGAAAAUUUACAUUGAACAAUGGAAGUCAACGCUUGAUGAAUUGGAGACUGAGAGUUCUCUGCUGUUGGUGAGUUUGCAUCUUAUAUUUCUAAUAGAAUGUUACCUUCAUUUCGCUUUUUUCUCUCCUACAUGCGAUGCAAUUUCUUUAGGGUUUUCAAUGUCACCAUUUUUGUCAUUCUUGUGGCAUUUUUGCCUGAAGCGUUUAUUAUUUUUCUUGAAGGUGAAGUUUUUUUCAUAAUGAAUUCAUAACAUCAUGAUGUGUCUUCUCGUGCUAGUGAUGCUCAACUAAGGUUUUUGAUUAAAAGAAAUAUUUUGAAGACUACUCCUUUUCUUGUGAAAUGAAUCCAUCUGUUGCGUUGUUUUUUCUCUUACCUUGGUUCUUGACAUUUAAUCAGUCGCUACUUAUCAUUUGGAAGCAUGCGUGGAUAAACAAUAAUAAAUUCCUAGGUUUUAUUAGAAGUAGAGCAAUCAAAUGUUGGUAACUUUAUGCCUGUUAUUGAACUUGACCAAGAGAAAACAAUUUUCUCUGGUGUAAGGGUCUAUGUUGACCCAACUGACCAUAUUCUAUCGUUUUUGUUUCUACAAUUAACAUUGGCUGACUUUGCAUGCAACUAAUUCCUCUGUUAUGUAUUAUUUGUACUCCUAUCGUUUUAUUCCUGCAUAUUUUUACAAAAUUUAUUUUCUUAAUAUUUUUUAGUUUUAGGUUGAGGUUUUAGCUCCUAAAUGCUUGUUUAUGAUUAGUUAGCUUUAGUAUUAUUCAUCAAGAAGCUCAAGUUGUGCAACAUUUUCAUGGUAAAGUUGUUGUGCUCUCCGUGGAAUAUACCUGGCUUUCCUAUAAUCAUGUAAUGUUGAUAGCUUUCUGUGAGAGUCAUAACUGCAUGCGUUGGUACUAACCUCUAUUUGUUUCUGUAACUUCACCCCCAGUACCCUGAUUCCUUUGUUUGGAUAAAUCCUGAUUCCUUGUUUUAGUUUAACAUAAUGCGGUUGGCUUUAUUCUGCAUGAAAUUCUUAGUUUAUGCCUUUUAAAUUUCCAGUUCGUAUUUUUCUAUUUUCGCAUGCCCAGCCGCAGCCUCGUGGCUGUUAGUUACCAUUGGUUGUGCCAGGCAAGGGUCAGAUCAGGAUUUUUGGCAAGUUGAGUUCUGGGAUCAUCCACUGGGAUCUAAUCACUAAGGUUUCAUAAUCUUUCUGUUCGUUGAUGAAUGACUAAGAACCCAAAUAAUUUUUUCUUGUUAUGUCUCUGAUGAAACAUGAGCCACUUUCGUUUGUUCGUGGCAAUGGGUUCUACAAUACUCAUCUUCAUCUCAUUCGCUAUAGGAACAACUUGAUGGGGCAGGCGUUGAGCUUCCUAAACUCUAUAGGUUGAUUGAAAGCCAGGUAGCUGAUUGUUGCUCCACUGAAGCCUGGAAGAGAAGGGCACACUGGGUAGGUUGCCAGUUGACUAGUGAACUAGAUGAAGCAAUUAAUGAUGCGGAAAAGUACCUUCAAUCUUGUCGACCUGUGAGAAGGUAACAUUUCGCUUUUGGAUCAUGUGCUUUUCUGAUUGAAUUUUUUUCGCUUCUACUCUUUUGUUCUUAUUUUUUUAUGAUAUCAGACGGCAUGGUCGGGUGAUGGAGGAAGGUGCAAGUGGUUUUCUUGCCAAAAAGCUGACAACUGAAGAGCACAGAAAAGGUACUGCAGAGAGCUCAGAUCAAGAUUGGUCCUCAUUCACGGAGGUCCUCCAGUCUAGUAGGUCCUCUGAGAAUGGCGUUUCAUUUGGCAGCAAGAAUUGGGCUUCUGUAUACUUAGCAAGUACACCUCAACAAGCUUCUUUGAUGGGUCUGAAGUUGCCCGGAGUUGAUGAGGUGAGCUUCAUAGUGAAUUCGUAUUCACAAUAUGAUGCAUUCAUCGUUAGUACAACUAAUUAAAACAAUAAAUCAUGUUGUUUGUUUAAUUUACAAGAAAAGGUAAACUUUCUUGGUGUUCACAAAUAAUCUUAUCUGGCAUGUUAUGAGAGAGAAUGUUUAACUCGGAUUACGAGAUAUCUUAUGUGACACAUAAAACUUAGACAUCAUUAUUGUAUUUUCUAAUGAAUAAUGAGAAAGAAUAGGAUACUUUGUACCAUGUAGAGAAACUAGACAGAAGAUGAAUAAUUUGACUCUAUGAGAAAGAGUAGGAUACUUUAUACCACCUUAUGUGAGUGCAGAAUAAUUUGAUUUUGACAGAAGAUGAAUGACACUGAAGUUCUAAGUUAUCAAUUGAAAUGAGCGAGAAGAAUGGGCCUGUGCUGAUUGCUAAAUUGAAUGUUGCAUUCUAAUGCAGAGAGUUGUACGGCUUUUUAAAGUGAUCUUUAAUGUUGCAAAAGCAUGGAUUCUAGUUCUUAAUGAAGUUAUUCUGUGAAGUGAAUUGCUCAGUCUCUAGCAUCAGCUGCGAUCAUGAGAAUUGGCAUGCAUUUUUCACAGAGAAAAUGUGAAGUGAUUUAUUUUCUUAUGUAAGGAAAUGAAAUGUAUUGUUGAGUCAUAAUCAGGCGAAACUUAGCUAAGCCAAUUAUUAGAAGGGGGUGCGAAAGAUAUGACUUGUAGCACAUUUAAUGCCUAUAUCAUACAGUGGACAUUUUUUAUCUGCAUAAUUCACUGUGCUACUUUUCAAACUGUUAGUAUUCCAUAUGACGUAUAAUGGCUCUUUUGCUUACACUGACAUUAUCAAAUUGACAAAUAAUUGUGAAGAACAAACAAUCUUAGCCUGUAGUUGGAAGUUUCAGGGGUAUUGCAUUGCAUCAAAAUGACUUCAUUAUUCCUGCUCUAAUAACUUUGCUUGCCUGUCCAUUCCGGAAGGUUCUGUUAGACUCUUGGACUUGAUGAUUGCUAGUUUAAGAAUUAGUUGAGUUAAUAAUGUAGACUGUUAAAGAAGUGAAGAUUUGUAGCUACAUUAAAUCUAUAGCAGUUGACAAUCAUCCUGCAAAAGGCUUAUGUCCUCCUUUUGGUUUCUCUUUUACCUAGCCCAUGCAAAAACACUUUCUUCUUUUAUUAGACUAUAUUUCUAAAUUGUAUUUCUCUUGCGUCAGUUUAACUUGCUGUGUGUGUCAUAUUUUAUUUCCUUUUAUAAGUAUAUGAAGGGGCACAUGGUCUUGGCAGGUGGAAGAAAUUGAUGAAAUUCCGAUAGAUUCUUGUGAUCCAUUUUAUGCAGAUGCAAUUGCUAAUGAGAAAGCCAUUGAUCUGUCUGAAGAGCAAAGGAGAAACUUUAGAAAGGUAAAAACAGAAUUCAAGUUACCUCCUUUUUCAACAUAACAUUCCAUCUUAUUCUGAUUCUUUUUUCUACUAGUGGAAAGCUUUCUUUAUUUCCCCAUAUAUCAUUGUGACAUGAUCACUGCUUCAGAAGUCCUGUCUAUAACCUUUGUUUCAUUGCUUCUUUCUACUGGAAACAAACCCUUGUGUUGUGUAGCUCCCACACACUUGAACGUCACUGAAUUUGUGGCAAGUUUUAUGUUCACGACUGUGUCUCGCUCAGGUGGCUCAUACUGAAUGCUGUGUUGAAUUAUCAUGGUCUGAUCCGGCUAUGCAUGCCCAGUUCCUUCUUUUCCAAAAUGGUUGCAAACAUAAAUAGUUUCUCUAAAAAAGUAAAAAAUAAAACGAACAUUUCGUGGCCAAUAGAUAUGUGCUGCGUAAACAUUUGAUUUGGGUGCAUACUUGCCUCUUUCCAGUCGCAAUUUUAAAUAGACUAGAUAUACCUCUGGUUUAAUAAGCAUUACCUAAGAAGAGAAUAUUCUCAAGAUGUCUGAAGAAAUUUAAUAUAAAUCAAUACCCAUUUCAGUGAAAGGUGUUGGGUUCCUGCUGUUUAUACGUGUGAUAUUCUUGUGGUCAUGUUAAAGGAAUGCUUGUGAAUAUGAUGGCAUAAUGGGAAACAUAGUUGGCAUGUUUGGGUUAUUGAAGCAAAUGUUGUGACGUCAGCUGUGUAGCUACCGAUAUGAUGAUAUAAGGAGGUCUUUAAUUGACGAUCUUAUUUUUUCAUAUGCGAAAUUUUUGGAUGCUGCCAACAGCAAAUAAUCGCUGAGGCUGCUUACUUUGAUUCUCCAGAUCUUAUGAUUUGUGAUUCCUAAUGUUCUUUGGUCGUUUGUUGAUGCAUAGUAUUUGUGUUUUAUUGUCUUUGCAAUUCAGUUAUCGUUUAUCUCAUUACAAUUGUGGGUUGGUGGCUGGACUCCCAAGGUCAAAUUUGGGUCAUAAUCGGAUUGGUCUAACUAGUCAAUAUAGGUUACUGUGAUUUUUGGGGUAGACAGAUAUGUGUAAUUAUAUCUAUAUAUAUAUAUAUACAUAUAUAUAUAUAUAUCUGUAGUUAAAAGCAUUUACACAACAGAAAGGUCAGUGUGAUUUUUGGUAUAAGAUAUUAAACUCUAGUCUUUUUCCAGAUCCUCAGAUGAUCGUCCUUUUUGGAUGUAAUUAUGCUAUCAAAUUCUUUUCUGUAUUUUAUUCUUACGAUUAUAAUAGUGAUACAUUAUAUAUUAGAAAGAUUCUCGCUGUAAUAUUUCACGAUUUGUUUUUUUUCCACAACUUCGUGGAGCGAGCCGCAUCUGCCAGAAGAAAAAACCAAGAAAAAGAAAGUGAAAAUAAAAGCAUAGGAGCAUCUUAGUUUUGCUCAGUAUUUCUUGUUGACAGCUAAUCUGAACUUGAGCCUCUAGCUGGGGAAAGUUGAUGUAGCACCCAUGACACUUGACGAGAAUGACGUGAAGAUUGAGAGUACAGAGUUAUUGAUGGUGAAAAAUGAGUUCCACUCUGUAGAGAAAUCCCUUUAUAAUGUUUGUUUUAUAAUGCUUUUAUGAAAUCUUUAGACAAAUGUAUAUAUUCAAAAUUGCUAAGCUAUAUAUGGUACCUAUACAAUAAGUCAUACCUCGGAGUGGAUUUUAUUUUCCCUUAUACCUGGUUCAGUAUCUGGGAUUGGUGGCUGAAAAGAGGCAAAUCGCUUGAUGACUAUUUUGCUGUCAUUGGGACCAUAAUUGUACAUUUGCGCUUUCUUAUGUUACGGACUUAAAAACUAUUGAAACCUCUUUUUUGGUGGGUAGGAGAAGAGAGGUGUAACAUAUUCUACUAAUGCAGGUAAGGGAGGAGGAGGAUGCAAAGUUUACACGAAAGCUGCAGCUUCAUCUGAAGAAGCGCAGGCAGCAAAGAAAAUCUUUUCAGGUCUCAUCUUUUAUGUCAGUGUUCUCUCUUCAAAAUGGGUUUUGGUCCGCUGGCACUUGUUUAAAUGACAAUUUAGGAAGAUAUAUUCCCCACCUGUUGGGGAUAUAACUUAACAAUUUGCGAUAACUUUUUGAAUUUAUAUAGUUUGGGAGGAUUCCGUUUAAUUUUGAUGCCUAUUUUUUUAUAAAGAGUUUAUCUUGUUCUUAGUUUGAUGAUUUUUUGUUUAUGGAAUCAAAGCAGAAAGACAUUCGAGAUCAAAGCUCAGAAAGAGAUCUGCAUUGUGCUCAACAUGGCAAGAAAAUCUCGUCAGAAGUUGAUGAUGCAUCCACUCACUUAUUGUCAGAAAGCGUAUUAUCCGAUGACACUCGCGAAGGAAGACAUACUGUUAAUGGAAGCUGCUCAACAUCGAGAGAAUGCAAACGUGUGCACGCUGGUCUUGAUCCAGAAACAGACAAUAAAAGGUGUCGAACUCUCAUUAAUGAUGAUGAUGAUGAUGAUGUGCAAGUGCUGGAGAAAAUAGUAAAAGAUACCACUAAGCUGCCAAAAAUGGACUCACAGCCUACCCACGAUGUCAAAGAGUCGGUUGAUGUUAUAGAUGUUGAUUCUGUUCCUUCACCUUGUCCAAGCCAUUCAAAAGAUUAUUCUGAAAACUUUCACUGCACUGUUUGCUGUAAAGUUCUAAGUCCUUCCGAGGUCUGCAGACAUCCUCUUCUGGAAGUGAUCAGUUGUAAAACGUGUCACCGUUUUAUGAAGGAAAGGUUGCAUCACAAGGUACGAUCAUCAUCAAAUCUACAAUCAUUCAUAUAAUGUGUUGAUUAUUUGUAUAUGACAAUAGAGGGUUGCCAUGCACUCUUAGAAUCUCGUUUUGUUGAUGAUUGUUUGUGUUUUUCCGCUGACAAUAGAUAAUAACCUUUCUGUUCUGAUUUUUUUAAAAAUAAAAUAUAGUUCUACUUUGUUUUGUUAGCAUAUUCCUGGUUAAAAUUAUAGUGAUGCUUUCUAUAUUGAAAAUUUGUGCUUCAUUUGUUUUAUUUCUUUGAUUUUUUUUAUCCUUGUGGUAUUGACUUUAUGGACGUACUUCUUUUGAAAUAUAUACCAAGAAACCUAUUCGAACUCAUGGCUUCACGAUUAACGACUGUAUCACAAUCUUCAUGGUUCCAUCUAUUUACGUGUUUCUACCCUGUAAAAGUGGCGCUUGGUAAACCAAGCUUCUACCCUUAUACAAACAAGUUUCGAGUGAUGAUUGAUCUCUUGAAGAUAUCUCAAAUGAUUGUCAUCAUAAGACCAUUGAAGUCGAUUUUUUUUUUAAUUUGGCGGUGGGGGGAUUGGUCAGGGGGUGUGAUCUACGAGGCAGACUAUAAGAAUAGGAAGGUGUUUGAUAUUUCUGUAGUUCAACAAGUCUGUAGAAAGCAAAGUCUGUAGGAUAUUAGUAGUUGUAAAUCUGAGCCCAGACCCAUAAGUCAUUCUUUUGUGGGGGGACAUUUGUUAGUCGUGGAUAGUUUACACCAUCAAUGAACUUUGAUCACGCUGAAAAGGUAACAGCUGUAAGUGGUACUGUCAUGUUCCUCUGUUGUACAUCACCAUAGGUUUAUUUAUACUUUUGUUGAAGAUGAGCCUCUCUGUUGUGUGUUUUGUAUAAUGCUCAGUUAUUAUUUUGAUCCACAAGAUAUCAUCCAAUUCGAAAUUUAAGGAUUCUGACAUCUCCAUUUUUGUUGCUGCACCAUAUUUUACUCUCUGAUGAUCCCCCCUCAAUUCUAAAUCUUUACCAAUGAAAUUUCAGGAUUCUGGUGCUGCAGAAAGUUUUUGUGGAUGGUGUGGCAAGUGUGGCGAUCUAGUAAAGUGUGAAUCAUGUGCUAUGUUUUUCUGUGCAAUAUGUAUCAAGAGAACUCUUGGUGAAGAAUGCAUGUCAGAAUCGAAGUCCUCUGUUUGGCAAUGUUUUUGCUGCUGUCCCAGUCAACUGAAACAGCUUGUUAUGGAUUGUGACAAAGCUCUCAACAGGUUUGCAGCAACAGGCUCUGAUAUUAGCUCAGAGUCUUCAGAUUCUGAUAUUGAUCAUCCAAUUAGGUAACUUAUUAAUUUUUUGCCAGAUUUAUUUUAAGUUUUUGCCAAAUAUCUGUAUAGCUAAUUGAUAGCAAAGGCAUUUUUUGGUUGUGUUUUAGCACCCAACGAGAGAAGGAUUUCUUUUUCCAGUAUGUAAAUAAAAUCAAGACCAUAAAGAUGUCAGGAUGCUUCGGGCAUCGAUGGGCGUCCCUGAACCUGUGCCCUUGUUUUCUUCAAGGCCUGAAUCCAACUAGACCUAGAGAGAUGUUCGUAAAUUAGGCAUCUUCUCACUUGUGAAGCGUGAAUACCACCUUCUUCAAACAAAGAGGGGGGGGGCAUGAUUUGGUUAUCUGUCGCUACUUGGAUGGCGUAGGUAAGGCCAUAUGGUUGGAAAGUAGGCGUCCGUAUCGUACGGGUGGGCCAGCUGGAUUCUUUUUUGGUUGAGGGAGGGAAGCGGUGAUGGAGAUUGUGGCUGCUACCAGCUAAUUGCCCCUUCAUAAGCAAGAAGUUAGUGAGAAAAGGGUACAGGAAGGAUGCUUUUCUUUCAUGUCCUUACAUCUGUGGAUUUAAUAUUAGAUUGUUUUGUAAGUUUAUUUUCCCCUCCCCAGUGUAUGAACAAUUAUAUUUUUCUUUCAGCAAUAAGAAAAGAAGGAAAAAGAGGAUUAGGAGAAUUCUUGAUGAUGCAGAGCUCCGGGAAGAAACCAAAGAAAAAAUUGCAAUAGAAAAGGUCGAUAUCUCGCAGUUUGUUAUUUACUUUGCUUAGUUCUCAUUUAGUUGGUAUGCUGUUUGCCAAUUUAUCUCCUUUUCUCCCUGCAACUUGUCUCUCAGGCUCGUCAAGAACAUCUGAAGUUAAUGCAGUUUACUGCCAAGUCACUGGGUAAUGCUGUGAUUAGUGUGGAUGGGGAAUCAAUGAAAGCUACUGAUGUUAAGGUUAUGGGUGAUGCAACUAGUGGCUACAUUGUGAAUGUUGCCAGGGAAGAUUCUGAGGAACCAAUCAGAAUUCCUCCCAGUCUGUCAAGCAGACUAAAGCCCCAUCAGGUCUCUCCCACCUCUCGUGCUCUUUUCUACAUUUGCUAAGAUAGAAAAGCACGUUAAUAAGAGAGCUGCGUGUUACCUCAUAAUGAUUUAUAUUGGCUCAGAUAUUUUCAUUGAUAUCCCAUUUUUCUGAUGAGCAUGUCUGGUUUAGGUAGUUGGCCUCAUGUUAUUGAUCUGGACUUGAGGAGCAAUGUUCAUUCUGUUCAUUGUUGCAUUAGCCAUUUCAGAAGAAGAAAUGAAUAUUUUGGUCCAUCAAGAUCUUUAUCUUCUCUUUUUCGAGUCUGUUAAGUCGAUGCAAAAGGCAAAUAUUAUUGUAACUCAGACACCAUACACACAAGCCUCUCUUGGGGAAGAAGUCAACCUUUGGUUCCUUUUACAGCUUAAAAGUACCAAUUAUUUUUGUCGGUUUGGUGAAUAACUUAAGAUCUUAGAUACACUUGCAUAAUUCCCCUAUAGACAAAGUUUCUAUUGUCGAGAAAACGGAUUUGACCGGCUAUGAAUCAGCGGUAAAACCCUGGAAGUGUGACUGUGGAGGGCCAUCCAAUCUUCCAAAUUGUUUUAUGAUGCUGCGAUUGUCUGUCUAUCAUUUGAUUCUGUGCUCUCCGCCUAUGUGUUCUGCAGUUUAAGGCUGUUUCUGAACGGACGAUUUCGCUGUUUAGCCUUUUGAUCUCUUCAUUAAGGUCCUAGUGAAUUAUUCAGUUAUGAUUUGAGGGCUUGUGAAACAAAAUGCCGUUCCCCUGAAGCUUAGUGAAUGAAACUUCAGGGUUCAGGGUUCAAUUUCUGUGAAUGGUCGUUUCUUUGGUGGUAUAUGUUGACUAUGUUAUUCUGAUCCAUAAUAGCUUCAGGUUUCAGGGAUUCGGUUUUUGUGGGAAAACAUUAUACAAUCUGUUCGAAAGGUAAAAUCUGGGGACAGUGGUCUUGGUUGCAUUCUUGCCCACACGAUGGGCCUUGGAAAAACAAUCCAGGUAAUUUGUUUUUCGGUAUUGUACCAUUCCGUGUGCACACUUUCAUACGCACAUGCAUAUAACACUGUCAUAGUUUCUUGUUUUUGUCAAAUCUACACUUUUAUUCGUUGCUUGUUAUGAAGGAAAAAAUUGUCAUUCGUUCCAGUGCACGUGUACACUUGUCAAUGAUGGUUUGACAUUUCACACUUAGGUUUAGUAAUUGUAUAUCUGCAUAAUUCUCCAAUAUAUCGAUUUUGUAUCGUGUAAUUUUUGGAUGUCAUGAAAGAGUUAGAAAGGUUAUUUUUUAGGUUUCUGUAACUUAUUUUGGUGUCACCUGUAUAAUUUCCAAAACAGUUGCAUGGAGUUAUUUUACUCCCCCUCUGCUCAUUCGUCUACCUAUCUGCCAUUUUCACUUGGUUGCUGAUUCUCAUUGCGAGUGAUCUUGGUGGCCGUUGAUCUUGUCGGUCUCAUGUUCAGCUGAGGGAAAGAGACUCUCUGACAUUAGGACUAAUGGUGUUGACGAACCCAACCUACUGGGUGGGUAAAGCUCUUGUGAAGCGAACUUGCUCUGAGCAUGAACGAGUCAAACCAGGAAUCAUUUUAUGCUUCUUAGAUGUAUGCCUAAUGAGAGCCUCAAAUAGUCAUUUGUGCAGUUUCCCUGGUGAUCUAGUCAAACUUCCUGCAUGCCUGUAAUCAGCUUUGUGCUGCAGGGAGUCAAGGAUGAGCUUUUGCUUUUUAAUAGUUCCUUGUGAUCUUAUUAUCAAGUCAUGGAGAGGCAGGAUUAAGAACAUGCCAGGCAUCUGCAUAUUUAAAUGUUGAUUGGUUUUGAGCCAUCUAUGAGAUUGAUUUGUGCCCAGUCACAAAACAACAUUGAAUACUUUAUGGGCGUGUAAUAGGUUUCUGGGGCCUUAUGUGACUUACACUGGUCUGCGUGAGGUGGGUCAAGCCUUUAGUGCAUGUUAUACAUAAUGCACUGGCAGUAUUUUACCAUGCAGACGAGUGAAUUUGAGGGAAGAAAAAAUUAUGGCAGUCUUAACGCUGUAAUCAUUUUAUUUUCUGUGGUCAUAAUUGAGGUAACUUGUUCAUAGAGGUCGAAAUCUAAGAUGAAAGAUUUUUUUCUUGCUCAUUUGUAACAACUCCUGAAAUUUUGGCAUAAAUAUUUGGGAUUUUUGAAAUUUGGCAGUCUCUUAAUUUCUUAUAGCUGAGUUCUUCCCGUCUCUUUUUUCCUCUGGUGUUCUACUUUCUUUCACAAUACGUGCCUGGGAGCCCGAUCCCAUGUGUGGAAAUGCCCUGGUGACGACAAUGAACCAUUUCAGACUACUCAGGUUUUCUGUUAUGUAAUCUAUUGUUUAGAAAGAAAUGCCAAUAAAAAAUUUUCUUGUCUGAAAGUGAUUUACAGCUUAUUUAAUAGUUUGAAAAACACCUUGCUAGACAUAAAUGAAGUUACAAUUUUAGAUUAUUACACUCCCGGUUGAAAUAAUUCUGUAGAAGCGUACUUUGGCUUCCUCUUCUCGUUUUUUUCUAUGAAAAACAUAUUCACGGCCGGUAGGGUAAGCUUGAAAGAGUGAAACACACAUUUCUGAUUCAAUCCAGCCUUCAGAUAGGCGGUGGCAAUUUUUAGCUUGAUGCUGACUGAAACACACCUUGUAUAUUACUCUUUCUUAUCCAUCAGAUGAUCAUUUGUCGGGAGCUAUUUUGAUAUACUUUAAAAUUUGUCGCAGGGUUGCCAUCUGACUCCAUACUGUGUUGUUGGCGUGAGAUUGCUUCUAAUAUUUUAUGGUAUCUCUUGAGCAACUGUUUUAGCGCUUUCCAGUGUCAUUAAUUUCAUUUUGUGUGGCUUUAACGCAGGUCAUUGCAUUUCUAUAUGCUGCCAUGAGAAGUGUCGAUAUUGGUCUGAGGACAGCAAUUAUAGUUACACCUGUUAAUGUACUGCACAACUGGCGUCACGAGUUUUUGAAGUGGAAACCUGUUGAAUUGAAAGCUCUUCGUGUAUUUAUGAUGGAUGAUGUCCCCAGGUUUGUCGGUAGAUGUUUAGAAAUUUUAAAUAAUUGUUUCUUGUGUUCAUACUGAAUGCAUGAAAAGUUCUGCAUUCAAGAAAUGGAAACUCGCAUGUGAAGAACAUUUGCCAUUUUUACCAGGAUCAAGUCAUUUAAUGCAUGAAAAAUUGAAUCCUCUUUUGUUGGGUGCAUUUUAUUUUAAUGCCAGUCAAUGCAUGCUAGGCAAUGGCAAUAAAGAAAAUAUAAAUAGUCGUGAUAACCUAAAAUUUUCGAUGUGCUGCCCAUCGCUUGCACUGUUGAAAUCUGCAUACGUUGAUUAUCAGUGAGUCUUGCAGACAUUUGUUGGAAUUUAUAGAUCAGAAAUUGAUUAUCUUAAAUUCAGUGCGAUAUCAAAUCAUUCACAUGACUUAUGGUUAAAGAAAUAUUACUUGCGCUCUUUAUUGUUUGAAAUGCAUGUUCUCAAUCAGAUGUGAUUCUAUAUUUUCAUGAUUUACAGUUUCUAUUGUGUUGUCGCGUGAUUCAUCUUGCUCAGAAGAUUCAAAUUGAUUCCUUAUAUGUUUUUGUUUCAUCUCCCCCGCUAAUUGUAAUGCUUCAGAGAGAGAAGGGUCGAUUUACUUGCGAGGUGGAGAACCAAGGGUGGAGUUCUCUUGAUUGGAUACAGUGCUUUUCGGAACCUAUCUCUGGGCAAGCAUGUGAAGGACAAGAACACUGCAAUGGAAAUGUGUCAUUCUCUGCAGGUAAGCUGUCGCCAUGCUUAUUCAAUGAGACUUUGCAAGUAACAUGUUUUCUGUAAGUGAAACACUGCUAGAGGCUCCUGUAUUUUCUCGUGCACUUCUGCAUGUAAUUUUUCAUCUUGGUACAAAUUAAUGAUUAUGUGAACAUAAAUUUUCUUAUUUUCUGUGGACCAAUCAUUUUCCAUUGUGUAGUAGAAAAGCAUACGAUGCCAGUCUCUCUCCCUCCCACUUGUUGAAUUUUCAAACCUUUUAGUGUUUAUUCGUUCAGAACUGUAGAGAAAGGGGAGAGGUAGGUGUUGGUUUUAUCUAAUUUUCUUUAACCACCGUCAUGGUCAUGGUAAUGCAUUGAAAAUUUGGCUUAAUCGGCUUAUUGGACAUGAAUCCUGCUCAGAUCUGCCUAUGUUCAAUGUACUUAAUUUCUUGAUUAAUUCUGUGUUGCAUUCUUCGGUUCAAUAUAAGUCCACUCGCGCACGCUACCUAUGAUUUGAUUUAUUGUUCUCUCCUAGUGAUGUUUGACCAUAAAUUCUCUUCCUUUGGCAAUGUACUAUUCUUUUUUCAUUGUAUAAUGUAUUUAUAUGCCUGUAUCAGGUGUAUGUUGCUGUUAUUGACUUUAAGAUUAUUAACCUUUUAUAUAUUUUUUUAUAUCUCCCUUCAGUAUGGACCUGAUAUACUCAUUUGCGAUGAAGCACAUAUGAUUAAGAACAGAAGGGCUGAUAUCACAUAUGCAUUGAAACAAGUUAAGACACAGAGGAGAAUCGCAUUGACUGGGUCACCGUUGCAGAACAAUCUCAUGGAAUACUAUUGUGUACGUGGCUUAUUCUAUAUAUAUAUAUAUAUAUAUAUAUAUACAUAUACAUAUUAUAUUAUAAAUAUGUAUACAUAUUAACAAAUUACCGUUUUCCAUUUCACAACAAUAAGCAUGCUAACUGAUUAUCUGUGUUUAUCUAUGGAACAGAUGGUCGACUUUGUUCGAGAGGGUUUUCUUGGAAGUAGUCACGAAUUUAGGAAUCGGUAGUUUCCAUGACAUCAGUUCUUUAAUAUGUGUUAUGUUGUACCAUUUUUACUGAUCAGAUGGCCUUUUCUUAUACGGUUAUGUUUGAUAAAAGUCUUGGUUCGUUUCUGAAUGUGAAGUCCUGUUGUAGGUUCCAAAAUCCUAUUGAAAAUGGACAGCAUGCAAAUUCGACUUCAGAAGAUGUAAAGAUUAUGAACCAAAGGUCACAUAUUUUGUAUGAACAGUUGAAAGGAUUCGUGCAGAGAAUGGACUUGAACGUGGUAAAGAAAGAUCUGCCACCGAAAACUGUUUUUGUCAUAACUGUAAAGCUGUCACCUUUACAGAGGAAGCUAUAUAAAAGAUUUCUCGAUGUUCAUGGAUUUACAAAUGAGAAGGUUUCUACUGAGAAAUCUCUGAUAAGGCGUUGUUUCUUUUCCGGAUAUCAGGCAUUGGCGCAGGUAUGGUCCUAAUUAUGGUGACGGUCAUGUAAAGAGAAUAUUCUUGAUUUGAAUCAUCAGGCUAAUAGAUGGACCUUUCUUCAGAGCCAUUGACACAAUGUCUUCUGGUUUUAGAUUUGGAAUCAUCCUGGGCUCUUGCAAGUGGCUAAAGAACAUAGAUACAACCUAAGACAGGAAGAUCCUAUUGAAAACUUUCUUAUUGAUGACAGUUCCAGCGAUGACAAUUUUGAGACUAGUGAUAUGCUAGAUGGAGGUAUGUAAUCGUAAUAAUCUAUCAGUAUUACAAAAUGAUGUCUAUAAAUGUGUGAUUUUGAAUUCUCACUAUUUCAAUGACGACCUUCACUUGAUGCCAUUUCCUUCACUUGAAUUCUCUAUUUCAAUGACAACCUUCUCUGUUUAUCAGUAUUCACUUGAUAAUCGUAAUAAUCUAUCAGUAUUCACUUGAUGUCUAUAAAUGUGUUCUUUUUGAAUAGUUUGCUUGUGCCACAUCACUUCCAGGCAAAGAUCUUGAUAGCAUGUAUUUUAUUUCCAGAUAAACACAAAAUCAGGGACGGUAAUAUGCAGAAGAAGGGUGAUGGUAUCUUCUUCCACGAGGUACCUUUUUACUUGUUAAUGUCAACAUAGCAGUUUUUUCGAAUAUGAAAUUCUCUGCAGUGUUAGCAUUUAUUUACCAAAUGUUCCAUCCCAAAAAAAAUCUCUUUUUUAUCGAACAAGAAUCUCCUGGUAGAACUUAUCAUCAUACUGUGGUUGUCAAGGGUAUUCUUAACAUCUACCAUACUAUUUGAGAAGGCAUAUUCGACUAUAAUGUCAGACUCCGGAUCUAUAACUGAUUAGUCUCAACAGAAAAAACUCCUCGGAAAUCUAGUUGUCAUAGAUUGAUAUCCAUCUCUUGUUUCUAAAUUGUACUAUAAUUGCUAUGACAAAAAGGAACACGCUGAACAAAAGCAGAUCGAUAUCAAUCUCUUGUUUCUAAUAUGCACCAUAAUUGUUCUGACAAAAAGCAAUACGCUGAACAAAAGCAUAGAGUUCAUGAUGAAUAUUAUAUGAGAAGAUGCUACGGACACCCCUGAGGUAUUUUCAACUCAAGAAUUCACAUUAGAUUAUCAAUCCACAUUAAAUUAUCAAGGACAACUCUGAUCAAGUUGUUAAAAAAAACUCAGGAAAUCUGAAGACCUCAGCUGAAUCUGAGGCAGCUUGAAUCUUCUUAAUUUAUGAUGGCGAGUGGUAUAUGCUAAUAAAAAACUUUCAUUGAAUCAAAUCAUAUUAUUUUAAAACAAACAUCUCCUUCUUUUUGAAAAGAAACAGAGAUCUCAUGUAAAGAAAGUCUCCGUGGGACCGAGCUUCAUCCACUUCACGAGAAAUUUUAAGGUUUUUGGACCUUUCACUAUACCCCUCACAGUUUGCCUAUCGAUAACAUAUUGCUUGGGAUUCCUUUCAGAGGUUUCAUCUGACCUUCAUUCACUAAUUUGGCCAAGAGAAGCCAUUACAGAAUGUUCUCUCUCUGGUUUUGCAUAAAAGGUUUGAAGGACGAGCAUCUAUGAAAUGCAAAAUCCAUGGGUUCUUUAUUGAAAUUGAAACGCUGUAUCAUCUUUUUAGUUUCUGAGGUUCAGAUCUUGUUAGUAUUUUUAUUUGAUUGGUGAAAUCUUACUCUGUUUGCCUAUCCAGGAGAUGGAGUGGUGGGAAGAUCUUCUCCCUGAAAAGAUAUACAAAGAAGUGGAUUAUAGUGGGAAAAUGGUUUUGCUGCUUGAUAUUCUUUCCAUGAGCUAUGAAGUUGGUGAUAAGGUCCUUGUUUUCAGUCAGAGCUUGGCAACCCUAGAUCUAAUAGAACUGUUCCUCUCAAGACUGCGCAGGAAAGAAAGAGAAGGGAAGCACUGGAAACAAGGCAAAGAUUGGUACAGGUAUGCGUUGAUAUAUGUGCAAUUUGUGUGAAGAAUUCAGUAUCCAUAUCUGCUGGCCACUACUGUCCCGAGAUUUCUGGUGCCAGUGGUAUCUCAUGGGAUUUAACAACCAACCGGGAUUUUGAUUUGAUCAUGCGCCGUUGGAUUCUCAGGCAGCAAUUUUUCUUUUUUUGGCAAUUUCAACCUAGCAAUUACUCUUCCUGUUGCAGCAACUACAUGUGAAUAGAUAACCAUAGGCGACACUUCCUUUUUGUAAUGUUCUGUCGCUGUAUGUUGUCAAGCAUGUUUGGCUGUUGAGUGGGAAAAGGUAGUAUCAGCUUGGCAGCUGAGAAGAGCAUGUUUUUGGUAGAGGGCUCAAAACUUUGGUGCUUCUCUGGAGGGAAAAAAACUCUUUUUUCUGCCCAAAAUUUGUUCGGGGUAUGGUGAAGUAAAAGGCUAAAAGUUUCCUCGAUUUACAGCCAGGUAUUCUUGUUCAUCAGUGCUAUCAGUUGGCCGAGUGGUUCAUUCAGGGCAGGUUUCUUGAUGAAAUUGGCUUUAGAUUGAUUGCUUCUCCUAUAACCCUGCAUUCCAUCAAUAGCAGAUACAAGAGACAGUCAGCUAGAAAUCCCUGCAUUACUUCCGUAGCAGAUACAAGAAACAGUCAGCUACAAAUCCCUGCAUUGCAUCCAUAACAGAUACAAGAGACAGUCAGCUAGAAAUCCCUGCAUUGCAUCCAUAGCAGAUACAAGAGACAGUCAGCUAGAAAUCCCUGCAUUGCAUCUAUAGCAGAUACAAGACACAGUCAGCUAGAAAUCCCUGCAUUGCAUCCAUUGCAGAUACAAGAGACAGUCAGCUAGAAAUCCCUGCAUUGCAUCCAUAGCAGAUACAAGAAACAGUCAGCUAGAAAUCCCUGCAUUGCAUCCAUAGCAGAUACAAGAGACAGUCAGCUAGAAAUCCCUGCAUUGCAUCAAUAGCAGAUACAAGAGACAGUCAGCUAGAAAUCCCUGCAUUGCAUCUAUAGCAGAUACAAGACACAGUCAGCUAGAAAUCUCUGCAUUGCAUCCAUAGCAGAUACAAGAGACAGUCAGCUAGAAAUCCCUGCAUUGCAUCUAUAGCAGAUACAAGAAACAGUCAGCUACAAAUCCCUGCAUUGCAUCCAUUGCAGAUACAAGAGACAGUCAGCUAGAAAUCCCUGCAUUGCUUCCAUAGCAGAUACAAGAGACAGUCAGCUAGAAAUCCCUGCAUUGCAUCUAUAGCAGAUACAGGAAACAGUCAGCUAGAAAUCCCUGCAUUGCUUCCAUAGCAGAUACAGGAAACAGUCAGCUAGAAAUCCCUGCAUUGCUUCCAUAGCAGAUACAAGAGACAGUCAGCUAGAAAUCCCUGCAUUGCAUCUAUAGCAGAUACAGGAAACAGUCAGCUAGAAAUCUCUGCAUUGCAUCUAUAGCAGAUACAGGAAACAGUCAGCUAGAAAUCCCUGCAUUGCUUCCAUAGCAGAUACAAGAGACAGUCAGCUAGAAAUCCCUGCAUUGCAUCUAUAGCAGAUACAGGAAACAGUCAGCUAGAAAUCCCUGCAUUGCUUCCAUAGCAGAUACAGGAAACAGUCAGCUAGAAAUCCCUGCAUUGCUUCCAUAGCAGAUACAAGAGACAGUCAGCUAGAAAUCCCUGCAUUGCAUCUAUAGCAGAUACAGGAAACAGUCAGCUAGAAAUCUCUGCAUUGCAUCUAUAGCAGAUACAGGAAACAGUCAGCUAGAAAUCCCUGCAUUGCUUCCAUAGCAGAUACAAGAGACAGUCAGCUAGAAAUCCCUGCAUUGCAUCUAUAGCAGAUACAGGAAACAGUCAGCUAGAAAUCCCUGCAUUGCUUCCAUAGCAGAUACAGGAAACAGUCAGCUAGAACUCCUGCAUUGCCUCCCAUAGCAGAUACAAGAGACAGUCAAAGCCAGGAAACUCCCUUGCACUGCAUCCAUAGCAGAUACAGGAAACAGUCAAAUAGAAUUUUACUGCAUCUAUAGCAGGAUACAGUGGAAACAGCGUCAGCUAGAAACCCUGCAUUGCUUCCAUAGCAGAUACAAGAGACAGUCAGCUGAAAUCCCCUGCAUUGCAUCUAUAGUAGAUACAGGAAACAGUCAUUGGGAACCCUGCAUUGCUUCCAUAGCAGAUACAGGAAACAGUCACAGAAAUCCUGCUGCAUUGCUUCCAUAGCAGAUACAAGACAGUCAGCUAGAAAUCCCUGCAUUGUAUCUAUAGCAGAUACAGAAACAGUCAAAUAGAAAUCCCCAAACAUUGCUUCCAUACAGAUACAAGAGACAGUCAGCUAGAAAUCCCUGCACUGCAUCCAUAGCAGAUACAAGAGACAGUCAGCUAGAAAUCCCCGUACUGCAUCUAUAGCAGAUACAAGUAUAUUGUGUCAGCUAGAAAACUCCCUGCAUUGCAUCCAGCAGCAUACAGGAACAGUCAGCUAGAAAUCCCCGCAUUGCAUCCAUAGCAGAUACAGGAAACAGUCAGGCUAGAAUCCUGCAUUGCUUCCAUAGCAGACAAUGAGACAGUCAGCUAGAAAUCCCCGCAUUGCAUCUAAGGGCAGAUACAGGAAACAGUCAGCUAGAAAUCCCUGCAUUGCUUCCAUAGCAGAUACAGGAAACAGUCAGCUAGAAAUCCCUGCAUUGCUUCCAUAGCAGAUACAAGAGACAGUCAGCUAGAAAUCCCUGCAUUGCAUCUAUAGCAGAUACAAGAGACAGUCAGCUAGAAAUCCCUGCAUUGCAUCUAUAGCAGAUACAGGAAACAGUCAGCUAGAAAUCUCUGCAUUGCAUCUAUAGCAGAUACAGGAAACAGUCAGCUACAAAUCCCUGCAUUGCAUCCAUUGCAGAUACAAGAGACAGUCAGCUAGAAAUCUCUGCAUUGCAUCUAUAGCAGAUACAAGAGACAGUCAGCUAGAAAUCUCUGCAUUGCAUCUAUAGCAGAUACAAGAGACAGUCAGCUAGAAAUCCCUGCAUUGCAUCCAUAGCAGAUACAGGAAACAGUCAGCUAGAAAUCCCUGCAUUGCUUCCAUAGCAGAUACAAGAAACAGUCAGCUAGAAAUCCCUGCAUUGCAUCCAUAGCAGAUACAAGAGACAGUCAGCUAGAAAUCCCUGCAUUGCAUCUAUAGCAGAUACAAGAAACAGUCAGCUACAAAUCCCUGCAUUGCAUCCAUUGCAGAUACAAGAGACAGUCAGCUAGAAAUCUCUGCAUUGCAUCUAUAGCAGAUACAAGAGACAGUCAGCUAGAAAUCUCUGCAUUGCAUCUAUAGCAGAUACAAGAGACAGUCAGCUAGAAAUCCCUGCAUUGCAUCUAUAGCAGAUACAGGAAACAGUCAGCUAGAAAUCCCUGCAUUGCAUCCAUAGCAGAUACAAGAAACAGUCAGCUACAAAUCCCUGCAUUGCAUCCAUUGCAGAUACAAGAGACAGUCAGCUAGAAAUCUCUGCAUUGCAUCUAUAGCAGAUACAAGAGACAGUCAGCUAGAAAUCUCUGCAUUGCAUCUAUAGCAGAUACAAGAGACAGUCAGCUAGAAAUCCCUGCAUUGCAUCUAUAGCAGAUACAGGAAACAGUCAGCUAGAAAUCCCUGCAUUGCUUCCAUAGCAGAUACAAGAAACAGUCAGCUAGAAAUCCCUGCAUUGCAUCCAUAGCAGAUACAAGAGACAGUCAGCUAGAAAUCCCUGCAUUGCAUCCAUAGCAGAUACAAGAAACAGUCAGCUAGAAAUCCCUGCAUUGCAUCUAUAGCAGAUACAAGAGACAGUCAGCUAGAAAUCCCUGCAGUGCAUCCAUUGCAGAUACAAGAGACAGUCAGCUAGAAAUCUCUGCAUUGCAUCUAUAGCAGAUACAAGAGACAGUCAGCUAGAAAUCCCUGCAUUGCAUCCAUAGCAGAUACAAGAGACAGUCAGCUAGAAAUCCCUGCAUUGCAUCCAUAGCAGAUACAAGAGACAGUCAGCUAGAAAUCUCUGCAUUGCAUCUAUAGCAGAUACAAGAGACAGUCAGCUAGAAAUCCCUGCAUUGCAUCUAUAGCAGAUACAAGAAACAGUCAGCUAGAAAUCCCUGCAUUGCUUCCAUAGCAGAUACAAGAAACAGUCAGCUAGAAAUCCCUGCAUUGCAUCCAUAGCAGAUACAAGAGACAGUCAGCUAGAAAUCUCUGCAUUGCAUCCAUAGCAGAUACAAGAAACAGUCAGCUAGAAAUCCCUGCAUUGCAUCUAUAGCAGAUACAGGAAACAGUCAGCUAGAAAUCUCUGCAUUGCAUCUAUAGCAGAUACAGGAAACAGUCAGCUAGAAAUCCCUGCAUUGCUUCCAUAGCAGAUACAAGAGACAGUCAGCUAGAAAUCCCUGCAUUGCAUCUAUAGCAGAUACAGGAAACAGUCAGCUAGAAAUCCCUGCAUUGCUUCCAUAGCAGAUACAAGAGACAGUCAGCUAGAAAUCCCUGCAUUGCAUCCAUAGCAGAUACAAGAGACAGUCAGCUAGAAAUCCCUGCAUUGCAUCUAUAGCAGAUACAGGAAACAGUCAGCUAGAAAUCUCUGCAUUGCAUCUAUAGCAGAUACAGGAAACAGUCAGCUAGAAAUCCCUGCAUUGCUUCCAUAGCAGAUACAAGAAACAGUCAGCUAGAAAUCCCUGCAUUGCAUCCAUAGCAGAUACAAGAAACAGUCAGCUAGAAAUCCCUGCAUUCCAUCAAUAGCAGAUACAAGAGACAGUAAGCGAGCUUCUUUUUCUGCUUCCUUCUCUGUGUCAUAAAAUAUCUGCUAUGUUUUACGCACUCAACAGGUUGGAUGGGAGGACUGACGGGUCAGAGAGGCAGAGACUGGUCGAGAAAUUUAAUGAUCCGAUGAACAAGCGGGUGAAAUGCACGUUGAUAUCCACUCGAGCUGGGUCUCUGGGCAUCAACCUUCAUGCUGCUAACCGUGUGGUGAUCGUCGACGGAUCCUGGAACCCAACGAAUGAUCUUCAGGCUAUAUAUCGCGUUUGGAGGUACGAUUAUUACCCCAUUAUAAUCUGAUCUCUGCAUGCCAUGAGAUCAAUUCACAGUAUUUACGUCGCCUGAAAGCAAUGGUCAUCUGAUCUUUGCAUGGCAUCGAAUCAAAUCAGAGUGUUUUUCUUGCUGAAAACAAGAGAUGAUCUGCGCAGGUAUGGGCAGAUCAAGCCGGUGUAUGCUUACCGCCUGAUGGCUCACGGGACCAUGGAAGAGAAGAUAUAUAAGCGCCAGGUGAAGUCCAGCUUACCCAGCUAAAUCUUGUGGGAUGGCAGUCUCUUUGUUGGGUGGGUGGCGCAAGAAGGCAUCAAACUCACUACCCGUCAUGGCGAUCAGGUUACCAAGGAGGGGCUCGCAGCCAGAGUUGUGGAUCGGCAGCAGAUUUACAGAACCAUGUCCAGAGAAGAAGUUCUCCACCUCUUUGACUUUGGAGACGACGAGUCCGCAGACCAUGCGGCGGAUCAGAGACCAGACCGCUCAUCAGACGAUGAGCAGGGUCUGAAGCAGAACCCUCUUCCUCCUGCUCUUCCCCACAGCGCCAGCGUCUCCGACAAGUUCAUGGAGACCCUGCUGAGCAGACACCACCCCCGGUAACACUUCUCCUGCAUUUAUCUUCUGGGUACAUCAUAUAAUCCAUAUAUAAAUAAAUAUAUUAACCCUUUAUUAGACCCGGAUCAUAGAUUUUCCGGAAUCAUUGAAGAAAAGGAAAAACUCACCGUUCCCGUUUCAGCUGGAUUGCAAACUACCACGAGCACGAGACGCUCCUGCAAGAGAACGAGGAGGAGAGGCUGUCCAAGGAGGAGCAGGACAUGGCGUGGGAGACCUUCCGGCGCUCGAUGGAGUGGGAGGAGGUCCAGAGGAUCUCCGUUGACGAUGCCCCAUACUUGGAGCAGAGGCAGCCGGCCGUGGUCUCCCAUUAUCAUCAGCAGGCCAUCGCCCUGCCACAGCAGAGCAAGGGCGGCGGUGGCAGCAGCGGCGGUGGUGGUGGCGCUGGAAGCAUCAGAAACCGGUCGCUGCAUCAGAGGAAGUGCUCCAACCUCUCCCAUCUGCUGACGCUGAGGAGCCAGGGGACCAAGUCCGGGUCCAGCACAGUUUGUGGGGAAUGCUUGCAGGAGAUCAGCUGGGAGAGCCUCAACAGAGACGGCAAGUCAAGGUGA